CCGACCGUUCAUUUCUCAUUCCUCCCGCAUUUCAGAAUAAGAUUGUUUCAAUAUUUGUGAGCUGAACCAUAGUACCUGCUCCAGUCUGCUUGGCGCCAUUGAAAACGUGCUUUGUGGUAAUUUGAGUACUACACCUAGAGCACGACAACUUAUAGUAGCAAGUUUGAAUAGAUAUCCGAAUAUUAGUCACACGUUUGCGUAUUUUAGUUACAGCACUAACAUAUGACCGAUAGUGUUGCAUUUAUUCCAAUGAACCCACCAGCGGAUGGGAAACUACCCAGCUUCCAGAUAGUGGAAACGAAUACAGCAUCGUAUGAACAACCAGACAAUGAAGAGUACAAUCCCUUUGAAAAUCGGCGUGUUCGAAAAGCUACAUCUUCUGCUGGUACGUUGAUCCAUCUGAUAAAAAGUUCACUGGGCACCGGAAUUCUUGCAAUGCCUUUGGCAUUUAAAAAUGGAGGUCUGGUGUUCGGCAUACUUGGAACGGCAUUGGUUGCUGCUAUCUAUGCGCACUGUGUACAUUUACUGGUUAGUACCUCUCAAAAAUCUUGUAAGCGGAACAAAAUCCCUUCACUUGGUUUUUCCGAGACGGCACAAACUGUGUGCGCUAAUGGACCACCCAGUGCUCGAAAAUUUGCCGCAUUCGCCAAAGCCUACAUCGACUACAUGUUACUAAUAAUGAGCUUCUUCUCGGUCAGCGUGUAUUUGGUAUUUAUCUCAACAACUCUACGCGACGUCAUCAAUUACGAGCUGCAAAUUGAGUGGGAAACUCGAACUUAUAUCUUGAUGACGACGAUCAUUGUAGCGCUUAUUACGCAGGUUCGAGAACUCAAGUAUUUGGUGCCCUUUUCUUUGCUCGCGAAUUCUUCCAUCCUGGUGGUAUUUAUCAUCACGCUUUACUAUAUCUUCAAAGACCCGGUUAACCUUGAAGAUCGAAACCUGUGGCCAGAAUGGACUAAUUUACCAUCGUUCUUUGGGAUAGCAGUCUAUGCGAUCGAAGGUAUUGGGAUAGUGCUGCCAGUGGAAAAUAAAAUGAAACAUCCUCAACACUUUCUGCAUCCCGUCGGUGUAGUGAACUUAGGCAUUUGCUUCAUUAGUAUAUUAUAUGUCAUUACCGGCUUUUUCGGUUACGCUCUCUAUGGUCCCAAAACCAAAGGAUCCGUCACAUUGAAUCUGCCCAAUGAAGAAAUUCUCGCAAAAUCAACUCAGCUGUUAGCGGCGUUGGCAAUCCUUCUAACAACUGGCCUGUACUACUACGUCCCGAUGGAGAUACUUUGGUUAAAAAUAGGACACAAGGUUCCUGCAAGUAGAGAGAGCUUGGCGCAGAUUUUGAUACGAUUAGGCAUUGUAGUCGUAAUGAUGGGUUUCGCGCUGACGGUUCCCGAACUGGAACUGUUUAUAGGAUUCGUGGGUUCGAUUGGAUCUGCAACGUUAGCCCUGUUGACUCCGAUUACUCUGGAUACGAUCUACCGGUGGCCAACAGAUUUUGGCUGGAUGCAGUGGCGUUUAGUGAAGAAUGUUAUUCUUGGAUUAUUUGGUGGCUUCAUUUUGGUCGUUGGGACGUAUUUCAGUGUGCAGGAUAUUAUCGAGAACAUCUAGUAGACGACAUUCAAAGUUUGGUACAUUUUAGAUCGAACGGUUUUUUUCGAUAUGGAUUCGUGUCGAUUUGCGAUAAGAAACUUUGAAACCUAUUAUCAUUUUUUAAACGUUUUCUUUUAUUCGAAUAUGUAAUAUUUAAUACUGAAAGGAAUGGAAACCGCAUCUCAAUAGGAGCACAAAAAUUUGGAAAGAAUGUAAUGCAUUGCUGGGCCGCCAAGAGUGGGGGGACCGGGGUGUUUCCUCCCGGGCCCGGAGUUCUGAAGGGAGCCCGGAUUUAUAACAGAAACUAAAAUUUUGACAAAUACUUUUUCGACAAAAAUUUAUUUGAGAAUGCAAUUAAAAAUUCAAUAUCUUUUGUAUGAGGUAACUAGAAUAGCGAAAAUUCUAAACUACUACAUAUUUGAUAUCAACUAUGUUCAUACCAACCUAAUUCAGAUCAGACUCGAGCGGGCAUAGCGGAAUUUGUACAUCGAAUGCCAUGUACGCAGCUCACCUGGGUUCGAAUCCCAACCCCGCACACAGGAAUAGAGAUUUUUUAUAGGAAAAUUUCUAACAUGAAUGAAAAAGCGAAUGACCUCAAGGUUAAAGUGUCCAUAAUAGAAUCAAAAAUAUGAUCAGACUUGUAAGGGUUAAACAAUUAAAUGGUUUGAUUAGAAGUCAUGAGGUUGUCUUCAAAUUUCGCCAAUAUGAAAUCGAUUUUUUGAUUUAUUGAAUUUCCAAUUCUUUUUCUUUACCAGGAAUCGUCCAGCACCCAGUCCUUAUAAACAUCAUUCUCGGGUUGCAGGCCCUAAUCGUUAAGGAGGGCCCCUCUUGGCGUUGACAAAUAUUAUGUUAAAAGUGCCAUUUGGGUUUACUUUACCCCAUUGAACCUUCGCUUCAAUGGAUCAACGUUCCUCACAAAGAUUCUCGAAAGAAACUGAAGUGUGAUUUACCACCCCGUGUUUGUUUACUGUGGAGCUCGCUCGAGUUAUCCUUCACAGCGAGAGUGGCUGGAGCUUUUAGAUUCUUUGUGAAUAUCCGAGGAAGCGAAGUACACUCAGGUUUUUUUACGCGGGGAUACAGACCGCGUAAAUGUAAACCACGUAAAUGAAAACCGCAUAAAUUUAAGAAUCCGCUUUAAUGGGAGCCUCACAGAGAACAGACGUCCAUCUUCAGCAUUCAAUUUGUGUAAAAUCUCGGUUUCGGAGGUAGUUGGGAUAUCCAAACCAGGUGCGCUACUGUCGUCAGUCAGUUUGACAGAAUUGACAGCGGUUAUUCCUCUACCCAGUCAAACUAGUCUGGAAACGGUUCGGACUUCCAGCAUGAAUUCCAGCUCAAAUGCAUCAACCGAUAGAGUCGGAAUCGGUUGAUGCAUUUGAGCAAGAUUCCAUACUGAAUCCAUUCAGGAUUUCGAACCGGUUCCGGAAUGGAUUUGACGGAUAGUUAGGAUAGGUUGGUGUGGCGGCGCUAGUGUUUAUCGUAUAUUAAUUCAAAUGUUUACACACGUUUUUUAAAUGUUUUUGUUCGAUCAUGGAUGUCUGUUCUCUGUGGAAGCCUCGUUAAUGGAUACCGCGUAAAUUUCAAAAUCCGCGUAAAUGAAAACCGCGUAAAUUUCAAAAACCGCGUAAAUUAAAACCGCGUAAAUUUCAAAAUCCGCGUCAAUGAAAACCGCGUAAAUUUCAAAAUCCGCGCAAAAAAAAAACGCGCAAAAAACCGCGUAAAAAAACCUGAGUGUACUACGCCCAACUAAAUCAACAAAACUGUUAACAAAUGCAAAAACAUACAACUAAAUGUGAACGGCACAGAAAAGUGGAGUACUUUACCAAAACAUUAGACUCUACAGUGAAUAUGAAGAAAAUAAGAUAUUUUUUCACCUAGUGCUACGAGCUACAUAAGAAAUAAAACAUUGCAUAUUUAUUUGUUUUUAAGCGUUU